GAGUACCCCGCCCAUCAAAGGAGAGCUUACCCUCACUCAAGAUGGUGCCUGGAAGACUUCAGACCUGGAACGGCGCUGAUUGGGUGAGGAUAAGAGGACUUCCGGGUGUUCCUAAGCUGACUGUGGGACCGCUGAGAGGAGUUGGCACAUGGAUCAUCAACUGGUGGGCUUGAUGGAGACUGCCCCCAAGCCGGGUGGGGAUGUCCCGCAUAAGAAGAACAAACUUCAGUCCAAGAGGAAGAAACCUCGGCGAUACUGGGAGGAAGAAGAGACCUCUCCGACCGCUGCCGGAGCCUCCCCAGGACCCUCUCGUAGCAAGAAGAGGAAGCAGGAGCUCCGUCCCCGAAGACCAAAGAACACUCAUAUCCAAAAGAAGUCUAGAAUCUCCAAGAAGCCCCAGGUUCCGAGAAAGUCCGGAGAACGGAGAAAUUUGGUGCCCCAGCGGACCUUGUCUGGAGCCCAGGACCCAUUCCCAGGCCCCGCCCCAGUCCCUGUGGAGGCGGCCCUGAAGUUCCGUCGCAUUGACAAAUCCAAAAAGCUGUUACAUUCUAAGUCCAAAACCCGAAGCAGACUUGAAGUGGCUGAUGCUGAGGAAGAAGAAACCAGUGUCAGAGCUGCUCGUUCUGAGCUGCUGCUUGCUGAAGAACCUGGGUUUUUGGAAGGGGACGAUGGGGAGGACACAGCAAAGAUACGUCAGGCUGACAUCGUGGAGGCUGUGGACAUUGCCAGUGCAGCCAAGCACUUUGACUUGAAUCUACGGCAGUUUGGGCCCUACAGGCUGAAUUACUCUCGAACUGGGAGACACUUGGCUUUUGGAGGGCGUCGGGGUCAUGUUGCUGCCCUUGACUGGGUGACAAAAAAGCUGAUGUGCGAGAUCAACGUCAUAGAAGCUGUGCGGGACAUCCGGUUUCUGCACUCAGAGGCAUUGCUUUCUGUCGCUCAGAACCGAUGGCUUCACAUCUAUGACAACCAAGGCAUCGAACUCCACUGCAUCCGCCGCUGUGAUCGCAUCACGCGGCUUGAGUUCCUGCCCUUCCACUUCCUCCUGGCCACAGCUUCAGAGACUGGGUUCCUGACCUACCUGGAUGUGUCAGUGGGGAAGAUUGUGACAGCUCUAAAUGCUCGGGCUGGACGCCUUGAUGUCAUGACUCAAAACCCUUACAAUGCCGUCAUCCAUCUCGGACACAGCAAUGGUACUGUGUCUUUAUGGAGUCCAGCUGUGAAAGAGCCUCUGGCUAAGAUUCUCUGUCACCGUGGUGGGGUCCGGGCUGUGGCAGUAGAUUCUACAGGCACGUACAUGGCCACUUCUGGCCUGGACCACCAGCUGAAGAUCUUUGACCUUCGAGGGAUGUUCCAGCCUCUGAGUGCUCGGACCCUGCCCCAGGGAGCGGGGCACCUGGCCUUCUCCCAGCGGGGACUGCUGGCUGCAGGAAUGGGCGAUGUGGUCAACAUAUGGGCAGGGCAGGGCAAGGGCAGCCCACCCUCUCUGGAGCAGCCCUACCUCACCCACCGGCUCUCAGGCCACGUGCACGGCCUUCAGUUCUGCCCCUUCGAAGACGUGCUGGGGGUGGGGCACAACGGGGGCAUCACCAGCAUGCUGGUUCCUGGGGCUGCUGAGCCCAACUUUGAUGGCCUGGAGAAUAACCCAUACAGGAGCCGGAAGCAGCGCCAGGAGUGGGAGGUGAAGGCCCUGCUGGAGAAGGUACCUGCAGAGCUCAUUUGUCUGGACCCACGGGCCCUGGCGGAGGUCGAUGUUGUCACUUUGGAACAGGAAAAGAAGGAGCGGAUAGAGAGGCUGGGCUACGACCCUGAGGCCAAGGCUCCCUUCCAGCCAAAGCCGAAGCAGAAGGGCCGCAGCUCCACGGCCAGCCUGGUAAAGAGGAAGAGGAAGGUCAUGGACAAGGAGCACAGGGACAAGGUCCGGCAGAGCCUAGAGCAGCAGCAGCAUGACCAAGAGAAGAAGACCAAGCCCACAGGGACCCGGCCAUCUGCCCUUGACAGAUUUGUGCGCUGAUCCUGGCACCAGGGUGGCUUGGAACAACAGACUCUUCCCAAGUCGUCUAUGGGGAAAUGACCUUGUUCCCUGGAAUGAAGAGGGGGCAGCAGUGUGCCCCUUUUCCAACUGGGUAGCCAGCUGCCUCCUGGGGUGGGUUGGUAUUAAAGAGGAAGGUGAUUUUUUGGAA